CUCACUCAGUCUCUCUCUUCUCUCUUCUCUCUUCUCUCUUCCGUCCGUCCCAUCCCCAUCCGCCGUGCCGCCAUCCCCAUCCGCCGGCGCCGGCGCAUCUGCCCGGCGCAGCCUUGAAUCGCGGGCCGCCCGGCGCCGGCGCACCGCCCCCGCCCGGCUGCCCGCUGCUCCAACAGGCCAACACCAGCUCCUCAGGAAAAAUCACUCAGAGUCUAAGCUAUUCAUAUAUUUCUAGGGAUGUUGGCUCAUGGUCUAGCAACCGACCCCUUGAGGAUUUUGCGAUGUCCAGCUACUUCAAGGGUGUCGACUGCACCCUUGGGACUUGUCUCUUCGAUGAGUUUCAACAAAGGAUGCAAGGAAAAGAACAAAAUCUUCAUCAAUGUGGAUAGGUACACAAAGUACGGUACUCCUUUCUGUUAUGCACAGAGAAAUGCCAGAACCAUACCUCUGGCAACUGCAUCGUUUGGGGACAUGGCUGAUUCUUCGACUCCCAUCUUUCCUAGAAUCCAUGUGAAGGAUCCAUAUCAGCGUCUUGGAAUCAGCAGGGAAGCAUCUGAAGAAGAGAUUCGAGCUGCCAGGAACUAUCUGAUAAGCAAGUAUGCAGGCCAUAAGCCGAGUGUUGAUGCAAUUGAGUCUGCCCAUGACAGGAUUAUUAUGCAGAGUUUCUUUGAUAGGAAAAAACCAAAAAUGGACCUCAACAAAAAAUUUAGAGAACUUAGUCAGUCACGUGCAGUCAAGGCUAUUCGAGGCAGAUUUCAAACACCACGUAGCAAAGUCAUCUGGCAGACAGCAAUUACUUUUAUCUUACUUGGAGCGCUUACCAUUGCUUUUCCUACUGAAGAAGGGCCAACCCUCCAGGUGGCCAUCUCUUGUGCAGCAAAUAUCUAUUUCAUUUAUCAGAGGGUCAGAAGUGGAUGGCGAGCAUUCUUUUAUGGGUUUGGAUCUUUCUUUGCUUCGUGGUUCCUUGGCACCUUCUUGAUGGUAUCUGUAAUUCCCCCAAUACUGUCAGGUCCGAGAAACUUGGAAGUGAGCACGGCAUGUGUUACAUAUGCCCUACUUUUCAUCUCAUCAACCUUCCUGAAGUAAGAGACAGUCAUCCGCAUGGUAUCCUACUUGUGAUAACUCCACAAUCAUCUGCUCCUCUAUUGUUUCUUUCUUCCGAGAGUUGCAAAUGCCUGUUCUUUGGUGAGUUGAUAGUGGUUGUCAGGUUGUAAUUUGAGCCUAACACCAUCUGUAGGCAUUUUGGUUGGUGUAUUAAACACGGGUUUGGUUUUGGAUUAGAUCAUAUAUAUGAGAUGAGAUAGUAUCCAUCCGAAUUGAAAUGCUGGCGUAAGCUUCUGUCCCGACCGUCGUCUUUGGAUCGACCUCGCGUCCCCUCGGUGCCUUACAACCCAUUCUCACUGGAUUCUCCUGCUCAACUGGCCUGAUUGCGUUUGCAAGAUGGGAACUGGAGGAAUAUCUUAUAGGUUGCUACGCCUAAUCUGAUCUCGGUGUCUCUCGGGUUGUUGUGCCGGCUUUGUCGUCUACCAAUGUGUGCAUCGGUGAUCGUCGAACGAUCAUCCGUAGCAGCUAUCCACUCUCUCUACUGGGGAAUACCAGAGCCAAUAAUGUCUUGUCUGGAG